GAAGGUCUGCGCCAAAAAAAAAACAAUGCGCGGAAAUUGCAUCAUAUUUGUAGGACCAUCUCACUGCGAUGGUUCGGUUUUACUGGAGAAGGCAGGGCAUUAGAACUUGAGAAUUUUCAUACACUUUAUAGUAGUAAGGCUAAGAAUUUUCAUAUAAUUUCUUACUAAGAAAGGUUAAAAUUGUUUCGAUUUUUUAAUUUUGUAUGGGUUAUCAGUAACUUAGGUCAGUAGCUUACGAUUCAUAGUAUCACACAUAUACAUUAUGGUGGAUGAAUCGUUAUACUUGACCACCCAUGAAACGGCUUUAGCCGUAGUGGCCACGGCGAUGAAAAAGUCACGUCUACGGCUCGAUACUUUAUUUCUAAAUUCAUUUAUUGGAGGGAUAUUAUUUACUUCAGGAGGAAUGUUAUAUGUAAUGAUUCAUUCAUAUUGUCCACAAUUAGUAGCUCAAAAUCCAGGUGUUGUGAAUUUACUUCAAGGUUUAAUGUAUCCAAUAGGUCUCUUUUAUGUUGUUAUUAUGGGGGUAGAUUUAUUUAAUUCCAAUGUAUUAUUUUUUAGUACUGCUUUAGCAAGAAAUGCUGUAUCAAUACUUGAUGUAUUCAUUAGUUGGAUGGUGAGUUAUUGGGGGAAUUUAGUAGGGACCAUAUUUGUAUGUUAUGUUAUAUGUAAUUAUUCGGGUAUAAGUAAAGAACAAGAUUUUAUUGAAGGAUCCGUAUCUAUUAUUAUGACAAAAUGUAGCUUUACAUUUGUUGAAAAUCUUAUAAAAGGUAUAGCGGGGAAUUUCUUUGUAUGUUUAGCUAUUUAUUUACAAUUAAUGGCUAAACCUUUACAUGUUAAAUUGAUUGUUAUGGGAUUACCAAUAUUUACAUUUGUAAGUAUGGGGUUCACUCAUUGUAUUGCUGAUAUGUAUAUGCUUGUUAUUGGAUUAAUUAAUAGAGCUCCAGUCUCGGUAGGUGUAGUAGCAUGGAAAGUAAUGUUACCAGGUGCAAUAGGUAAUAUUAUUGGAGGAUCCUUUUUUGGAGUAGUCAUCACCUGGUACUUACAUCUUGUAGUAGUUGAAAGAGAUCAAAGAGAAUUGAACUUACCAAGAUAUGAAGUUAGAGAUGAACAACCUGAAUUGAAUAUUGAUUCUAGAGUGGUUAGACAACCAAUUCCUGAAGCAGAAGAAGAAGCAGAGAUUCUUAAUGAAAAGGAAGAAUUAGAAAAUGAGAUGCUUGACUAUUCUACUCAUUCUCAUACUCCAAAUAGUGCCGAACUUAAUCCAAGAGCAUUGUAUGGUGAUGAAGCAAUCAGAAUUCUGAAUGAAUUGGAUAGAGCCAUAUCAAGAUUAUCUACUGCGUCAAGGGUUAGUGUGAGGACAUUGAAUCGACAUAAGAGUAAAUCACCCAAAAAUGUAUUCCCUGUCUAUGGAAUGGGACCUCCUUCAAGAAGAGAAAGUAAAAUUGCUUCUGGAAUUGAUGAUGAUGAAGAAGAUAUUGAUGAAGUGAUGGAACGUGAUAAUAUAUCGUUGGAUUCAAACUCAAUAGUCAUGGAUAGAACACCUUCUGCAACAUAUAUUGGAGAUCAACUAAAGAAAGUUUUAUCAAGAAAGAAACUGAAUGCAAAAGUCAAAGAUUUAGAAAACCAAUAUGCACGUAAUCGUAAGAUGUCUUUGAGACGUCUAUCAACAAGUUCAGUUAGGAGUCGUUUCAGAAGUCGGAAUUCUGUAGCUGAAUGGAAUAGUCGACUUGAACGUGCUAAUAUCUCACCUCGUGCAGCAGCAGCAGCAGAUAAUGUUGCAGGAGUUGACCAUUUUGCCCCACAUUAUAGAUCAGCCUCAUACCGACCCGAUUAUAAUCCUAGAGGUAUGAAUCGUACUAUUUCUACUAACAGUGAUAUAGGAGUAUCACCAAGAGAUAUGAGAAAUACAGGAACAGAUACCCCUCUUGAUAGUGAAUUCAAUGUGGAAUCUUUUGAUCCAGAAACAGACUUGGGAGUUCCAGAUGAUGAUAAAACCGUUAAUAAUGAUGAAAAGAAAAGUCCACGGUCAUGACUUAAAAGAGACACACAUAACUAACUAAUUAUCUUAAUAUCCUAAUAAUCUAAUUUCCUUAUUUAUUUAUUUAUUUAUUUAUUUAUUUAUUUAUUUUAUUUUCCUAAUUUAUUUUUUGUAUAUUACCAUACUAGUUUUGCAUAUUUUAUAGAGGUUUAUAUAACUAUUAAUACAAUUAUUCAUUUAAUUCA